CCUUUUGCGAACAGAACGUGUUUGUUUUGAUACGUGCGUGCUGUAAGAACAGCCGCUAAAUCGUACUUAAGCGCGUAAAUAAAAUAUAAUUACGAUGCCGAAAGUGCGCAGCACUCCGGGCAAGCCCCGGACGCAGGGCUUUAACCAUUCCAACCAUUCUAUGAAUCCGGAGCGACCAACAAGUGGCCUUAAAGGUGUAGCCCACCCACGUACCAAGGGCACGAUUAAGCGGUUGCAGAUGUAUCGUAAUUUCAAGGCCAAACGCGAUCGUACUGGAAAAAUUAUUACCCCAGCACCAUUUCAGGGUCGUCUGCCCGCUGGAACAAUGGCUAGAGUGGAGCCAACACCGAAAUGGUUCAGCAACUCGCGUGUCAUUUCGCAAACAGCGUUACAAAAGUUUCAGGAUGAGAUUGGCAAGGCAGUCAAAGACCCAUAUCAGGUCAUUAUGAAACCCUCGCAAUUGCCCGUGACGCUGCUGAACGAAGCGUCGAAGUAUCAACGAGUCCAUUUGCUAGAGACGGAGAGCUUCGACAGCGUAUUUGGUCCAAAAAAACAACGCAAACGUGUCAGUUUAAAAGCGCGAGACCUCGAGGAUUUGAGUCGUGCUGCCGAUGUGCAAGCCAAUCAGUAUGAUUCCACCAAAGAUGUGGAUCUCAUACGCGAAGAUACUGGUGAAAAGAAGGCUGUGCGAGAUUGGGUAUUCGGGGCAGGUCAAAGCAAACGUAUUUGGAAUGAACUGCAUAAAGUUGUGGACGCUUCGGAUGUGCUUCUACAGGUUCUCGAUGCCCGCGAUCCUAUGGGUACACGUUCCAAGUAUAUUGAGGAGUUCCUACGCAAAGAGAAACCGCACAAACACCUCUUCUUUAUCUUAAACAAAGUAGAUCUGGUGCCUGUAUGGGUGACACAGCGAUGGGUGGCAAUCCUUAGUGCCGAAUAUCCUACAAUAGCUUUUCAUGCGUCCAUGCAGCAUCCUUUCGGCAAAGGUGCACUGAUCAAUUUGUUCCGGCAAUUGGGUAAACUGCACAUGGAUAAGAAGCAGAUCAGUGUUGGUUUUAUUGGCUAUCCAAAUGUAGGAAAAUCUUCUGUUAUUAAUGCAUUGCGUUCCAAAAAGGUUUGUAAUGUAGCUCCUAUCGCGGGUGAGACCAAGGUUUGGCAAUACAUAACGCUAAUGAAGCGCAUAUUUCUGAUUGAUUGCCCCGGUGUGGUUUAUCCGUCUGCCGAAACGGACACGGAGAAGGUGCUAAAAGGUGUAGUUCGCGUGGAACUUGUCACCAAUCCGGAAGAUUAUGUAGACACAGUUUUAAAACGUGUGCGCAAAGAGUAUAUUGCAAAGAACUAUAAAAUCGAAAGCUGGACAUCAUCCACACACUUCCUCGAGCAGCUGGCCAAGAAAACGGGUAAACUAUUAAAGGGUGGUGAGCCGGAUAUCACAGUCACCGCACGCAUGGUGCUCAAUGAUUGGCAGCGUGGCAAGUUGCCAUUUUAUGUGCCACCGGAGGGCUUUGCCAUACCCAAAUCACAGGAGGGCACAUCCACUGAGCAGGCCACUCCUGAAGAGACCGCUGUUAAGGAUGAUGAAGAUGCUAAAUCGGAGGCACCUACGUUUGUGAGUGAAUCCGUAAAGAAGGCGCGUGAGUUCAAGCAAAUACAAGACUUUCGUAAGAUUCGUGUGGGUCUGGAGUACGAGGAGCAGGAUGAGCGCGAGCUGGACCACAUUGAUCUGGAGCUUUUAGAACAGCAGAAAGCAGAACGAGCGGCACGGAAAAAGGCGCGUCUGGUCAAUCCAGAGCAGGAGGACGAUUCUAGUGAUGGCGCCAGUGAUUUCUAUUCAGAGGACGAAUACAAUGAAGAGCUGCAGCGCGUGGUGCACAAGAAAGCAAAGGCUAAAAAGACCCAACAACUAGCUAUCACAUCAUCCGGUAAAUUCCGUAUUGCCAAGGUCCAGCCAGGGGAUUCGGAUGAGCAGAAUGAUAGCGAAGACGAUGGUCCAUCCAGCGUUAAGGUGCCACGACUCAAUGCCAAACAGAAACGCGCGCUGGAACGCAGCCAGAAACGCAAGAAAAUUGGCAGCAAUUUCUAUGAGACGACGAAUGUGAAAAAUCGCAAUCGCAACAAGAAAAAGGACACGUAGCCAUUUUUUUCUAUCGCUAGUUUAUUAUAAUUCACUGCAGCAAAACAUUAUAAUUAAGAAUCCACCGUAAGUUGUUGCCCCAAAAUACAAAAGAAACU